CAAAGAACAAAAUGGCGGCGAAGUGUAUGUUUCUUUAUUUUGAGGAUCCUUCCCCAUUUUUUCCUCAAUAAUAAGCCAUUUUCCUACUGAAGGUGAUACAGAAGGUAGAAAUAAUUAUGGAUAAGCUUGAAGCUGAAGAAGAUGAAGGAUUCGUUGACAUGGCAAAUGAACUUCUCAGCAAAUCUGGAAUCAAGGCCAAAGUAUCAAGUCUUUCUGAGUGUGGCGCUGACUAUUUUAUUAAGAUCUAUGAGGGCCUCAUAGGGGAUGACUUGCAUGGCCUUAUUAAAAACCCAGUGCUUGUAUCAGACCAGAUUGAUAACUGUCAACAUGUGAUUGACGCUAUUGCAAAUGAUGUCUUGAGGGUGGAUUUAUCCCAUAUCAGUGCCAAGGGAAUUGUCAAAGGUGCUCGGAUCGACAUUAGAAAUCUUCUAGAGAUAUUCACAGGUCUGCUGGAAUACUUCUUUGAGUUUGAUGAUGAACAGGGGGAAAGUGAAGAAGUUCCUGAGGAAGAAAAUGACUCCAACAUUCUGACAUCAGACCAUGACAUCAUGUCAGGUGUCCUGCAAGAGGAAUUUGGCCAAGCUUAUCGUGAUGUGUACCCAUCAAGCAACACCCAGUCACAGAGGAGUAGCCUGAUGACCAUGUCACUUGCCGGCAAACCUCCACUUCCUCCUUCUGGUGUCAAAGGCAAAGACACAGCGAACAGCACUGCUCUGUCAUUGUCAGCAACUGGGAGAUACAGAAGCUCAGGACAUGAAGCUGAUACAUCUAGGGUGAGUGAUUCUACAAAUGAGCUGAUCAAGCUAGGAGAAAGCACCAGCUCCAAGAGUAGCAGCAGCUCUUAUGGCCCAAAGCAACCUCCUAAAGGUGUAGAUCCACACCAUGAUACUGCAGACCUCACUCAGUACACCCUGACCGAUGAAGAGCACAGAGAUUCAUAUCUGACAGCUCCUGAUAAGCGGGACAGCCACCUGAGCACCCUAACCUCCAUAGAGUCUUCAUUCCAACAGCAAAUCUCUCCAUUGGACCCUCAGAGAGAUGGGGGGACUCUAGAUACCCUUGGGGUGAGACCACGGGUGGAGCUUCCUCAGGAGAAUGCCAGUCAGUCGUCCAGUGAGGGGGGCAACAGCGGGAGGAGUACCCCAGUACUGCAUCAUCAUUACCAUCAUCACUAUCAUCACCCUGUCACAGGAAUAGCUAGUGGAACGGCAUCAAAGGAUCCUACAAUUCCCAAACCAUCAGUUGUUGGUCUAAGCGAGAAAGAAUCAUCUCGACUAUACCCUAAACCUAGUUCCCUGGAAACAUCCAAGUCAUAUAAAGAAAACACAGCACUAAGGACUAAUCUGGACAGGCCAGAAAAUACUGGCUUACCAAUUCGAACAUUAUCAGCAACUGGGUGUUCCUACCAAUCCAGAAAUAUCCCGUCAUUUUCUACCUCAAGACCACAUGACAAACAUGGUGGUCAGACGUACAGCUCUGGACUGACUGGACUACCAGUUUCAAACAGUAUUCACCAAGACAAAGAUAUUCCAGAUAGAGCCAAUCCAGACUCUACAAAUGCCCCAGUAACAUUACCAGAACCUGGUACCACCACAGUGUCUGGUAAUUCAGGCCUUCCGAGUUCCACUGUUCCUGUAAGCUCCAGGCAGCCACACUGUUCGUAUUUAGGUGUACCUGGUGUUAGUGGUGUACCAGGUGUUAGGGGUAAUUUGCGGCCAGGAAGAGCAGGGUGUGAGAUUAGAACUUUUCCUGGAACACAUGGCGUCCAGCCAGUGGAUGGAUUGUCAAGGACUGCUCCUGCACCUGGGUCACAGACAAAAGGUGGUAUAUACGACUCAAGUCUCAGAGAUCGGUUAAGAAAUUACCCAAGACCCUCAGUGACACUAAGCGACUCUGUCUUUACAACUCUUCCUACAACAACCCAGCGUGACGCCCAAUCACGUGACAUACCACUGCGUGAUGCCCAAUCACGUGAGAUCCCGUCGCGUGAUGCCUCACAGCGUUAUACUAACGCAGACAGGCCCCUAAAUGACUCUAAGCUCACGGACCCCCCGCACCUGGCAAAAGGUGCAGCUGCUGACCUUUUAUCGCGGUACAGUGCCGACGAUGGCGAUGAGAGUGACAGGGAGACUGGAGACGAGUACGAUAGUGACGUGUCACAACAUAGCGAUACUGCAAUUGACUACGGCCGAGCGUACCGCGUUAGUCGGGACGAAAGCUCCUCUAGUACUUCCGAGGAGAGCGUUCGUAGAAGUAUUCAUGAGCGCUGGAAGAACCUCAAUCUUCCCAAGACCUCGUCUGAGAAGGCGGGCCGGCGUGCAGUUACAUUCAACGAGGACAUACAGACCAUUCCUAUCACCAGUAGGAUGGAAAGGCUUCGGCGCCUGCUGGAGGACGAAGAGGAUGAACAGCGGCAACACAAUACGUCUGCCAUGCGCGAUGUGUACCACCAGCAGCUGAAGAGCUUACAGAAGGAGAAGACGAAAGGACGAGACAAGAGAAAGAUAAAAGGCUCUCCAUUAAGACCUAAAAAGAAAGCAAAGCCACAGUCGCCAAAGCAAAGGCAACAAAUGGCCCGUCUUGAGGCAGCAUAUCGCCCCCAGGGGACAAGGGGACGGACGACGAAGCGAACGCCUGUCCGAGAUCGCAAGAGAAGCGCUUCAGCGAGCCCUGUGGUGGGACGGAGACGAAUGGAUGAAUCCGAGGCGAUUCUCCCUGUCCUGUACGACGAGUUUCCUUUCCUUCACGUCUCGCCACAUACUGCAAAGGAGAUGUGGAAAAGGCAGUCGCGACACCUAAGCCGACUUACCAAAACCGGAAGUGACGUCAAGAAAACGAAAAGCCAGCGGUUGGUCGAAGAAGCGGAAGCGCGCCAAGAAAAGCUCCUCCGAAUAUUGAAGAAAGAGUUGGAUCACAACCACAGAAUGCGUGAACAGCGAGACCGCGAGGAGAGUCAGCGGUCUGUCAAGACAAAGAUCAACGAGAAGCGCCAGGUAGCGGCACGAGCCCGCAGAUAUUACGACGACUAUCAGCUGCGCAUGCGCGCCAAAAUGCUCAAACGACGAACUCGGGAGGAGCAGAUCUUCAAAAAGCUGUUCGAGGAAGGUUUAGAUAUCCAGAAGCAUCGGGUGCGUGAGCUCCGGCAAUACGCGCGCGAGAAACGCGAAGCCCUUGCGCAACGGCAACAGAACGAAAUCGACUCUCUUGAAAACUACUAUCGCGAUCAGUUCUCCAUGCUGGCGGAGGAGAUGUCUCGUGAGCGCUACGAGGUCAAGGUCAGACAGCAAGCUCAGGAGAAGGUGGUGCGUCAGAUGCGCCGAGAGCUCCGCCAGAAAAUGGAGAAAGAAGUCCAGGAUUUCCAGGCCAACCUAACACGGGACGAGGAUUCCGCCUACUUCCGCCAACUAGAGGCCGACAGACUCAGGCGGGAGUUCCAACUCGCUAUGUACAAGACAGAGUUUUCUUAGCUGCAAAAUACAUCUAUGGACUUCUAAGUAACGGGGUCUCACCAGAGCCUGGAAAUACAAUUAUAGGACAACUCGAUAUAUAAUGCAAAACGAGCGAAAAUAGCAUUUGUAGUGACUAAAGCCUCUAAAGUAAGGCAUUGUUUCUCGGAAAUUACUUCUGUAGAUGUCUGAAUGGCAUAUAUUUAGCCAGGGUUUCAGAAUUUCGGCUCGCUCCGUGCAAAACGGACUUUUUUGCAUGAAAUAACAUCAUAUAGUCCACAAAUAUUUGGGGCUUAGUCAGAGUAUUUAUAGUUCCACAUGUACAAGUCAGAUAGCAUCCUCGAGCGCCCAGGUCCACCCCUCAUACCGUGAAAUUCCGAUAAUAAGCCCCGGGGCUUAUUAAAAGAUGGUGGGGGGGGGGGGCCUAUUAUCGGAAUUUUACGAUACCUCAGAGGCAGAGAGACCCUGGAGUAUAAGAGUGUUAGGACAUUGGCGCGAGGAUGGUAUGGCAGUAUAGGGUAUUGGCUUCCUCAUACCUCAGAGGCAGAGAGACCCUGGAGUAUAAGAGUGUUAGGACAUUGGCGCGAGGAUGGUACGGCAGUAUAGGCUAUUGGCUCCUUCAUACCUCAGAGGCAGAGAGACCCUGUGGUAUAAGAGGGUUAGGACAUUGGCGCUAGGAUGGUAUGGCAAUAUAGGCUAUUGGCUCCUUCACACCUCAGAGGCAGAGAGACCCUGGGGUAUAAGAGUGUUAGGACAUUGGCGCGAGGAUGGUAUGACAGUAUAGGCUAUUGGCUCCUUCACACCUCAGAGGCAGAGAGACCCUGGGGUAAGAGUGUUAGGACAUUGGCACGAGGAUGGUAUGACAGUAUAGGGUAUUGGCUCCUUCACACCUCAGAGGCAGAGAGACCCUGGGGUAUAAGAGUGUUAGGACAUUGGCGCGAGGAUGGUAAGACAGUAUAGGCUAUUGGCUCCUUCAUACCUCAGAGGCAGGGAGACCCUGGAGUAUAAGAGUGUUAGGACAUUGGCGCGAGGAUGGUAAGACAGUAUAGGCUAUUGGCUCCUUCAUACCUCAGAGGCAGGGAGACCCUGGAGUAUAAGAGUGUUAGGACACUGGCGCGAGGAUGGUAUGACAGUAUAGGCUAUUGGCUCCUUCACACCUCAGAGGCAGAGAGACCCUGGGGUAUAAGAGUGUUAGGACAUUGGCGCGAGGAUGGUAUGACAGUAUAGGGUAUUGGCUCCUUCAUACCUCAGAGGCAGGGAGACCCUGGAGUAUAAGAGUGUUGGGACACUGGCGCGAGGAUGGUAUGGCAGUAUAGGCUAUUGGCUCCUUCAUACCUCAGAGGCAGAGAGACCCUAGAGUAUAAGAGGGUUAGACAAUAUCGCUAGGAUGGUAAGAUAGUAAGCUAAAAGUCAAGAUUUGCGCUUCAAGUUCCAGUUCAGAAAAAUCCAAGCACAGCUCUACACAGCCUGCCCGCUAGUCGACUUCAUGAUUCUUCUUUCCUUUCUUCUUUCGCAGUUAUUGUAGCCCUUGGGUUUGAGUUUGCAUAUUAUAGUUAGGGAUGAUGUAAAUAGUGCGAUACAUGAAUGAUGAAUAGAAACGACAUCAUUAACAUGA